AUGGCCGACAUUCUAAGUAUCGGCGGUGAGUCGAUUUUCGACGAGCGCAUCGUCGGAAUCAAGACUCACACGUAUAACCCGUACGUCAACACGACGUUCGGGCACAACGACGAGAUACGAAUACCCAUACAGCAGCAGGAUCUGUAUACGCUGCCGUGCGACAGUUUCCUGUACGUCGAGGGACGACUCUAUCGGCGGCGCGGCGACGUCGGAGGCGAGGGACCAUUAAAGAUUCGAUACGAACUUGACGGCGUGGAGAUCGACCGGUGUAAAAACGUCGGAAUAACCAGCACGAUAAAGAACUACGUGUCGCUGACCGCCGAACGAGCCAGGAGACUGCAGAACGCCGGAUGGUGUUAUCCAACGAACGAAUCGAAUCUGAACAGCCCAUCCCGUCAAUUCAACUUUUGCGUGCCUUUGAAUAUUCUCUUAAGUUUCUGCGAGGACUACAAACGCGUGGUAAUAAACGCGCGACACGAGCUUAUCCUGAUACGCUCUUGUAGCGACCACAACUGCGUCGUAGAUCCGAAAAAAAUCGUGCCGAGAGAUCCGGCCAAGGAUCCUAAAAUUACGCUACUGAAGGUGCAAUGGCGUAUACCGCACGUGGCGUUAAACGACGUGACUAAAUUGUCGCUAUUGCGAACGUUGGAGAGCAAACGAUUUCUGAGCGCGGACUUUUGCUCUUGGAACCUGUACGAAUUUCCCCUCCUGCAGAACACAACCAAGCAUUCGUGGGCCGUGAAAGCCGCGCUGCAGUUGGAGAAGCCGCGAUACGUCAUAUUCGCGCUGCAGACCGGACGGCGAAACGAAUUCACGGAGGACUCCUCGAGGUUCGAUCAUUGCGCGCUCGCCAACGUGAAAUUGUAUCUCAACUCGGAAUUCUAUCCUUACGACGACGUGAACGCGGAUUUUGAGAGCGACAAGUUUGCCGUGCUGUACGAGAUGUACGCGAAAUUUCGAGGAGCGUACUACGGGGACAGUCGCGACGACGCGCUCUUCUCCCCGCGCGAAUUCGCGCGGGUAGCUUCGCUUGUGGUGAUCGAUUGUUCCCGCCAAAAUGAAGCGGUGAAGAGCGUCACCGUGGACGUGCGCAUCGAAUUCGAAUGCAAGAAAAACGUUCCGCCGAAGACCACUGCCUUUUGUCUCAUCGUUCACGAUCGCGUCAUCGAGUGCGGUCCACUGACCAACGUGGUGCGCAAAAUUAUCUAA